AACGAAAACGAAUCGUAAUGGCAUCCUUCCUGGGCUGCAGGAGGUAGCAGUAGAAGCCAAUCGCCAGGCCAAGAAGUAAACAACAUAACUCAUUUCUAAAAUGGCCAGGCAGGGGUCGGGAACUGCAGUUUGAAACACACUCUCGGCCACAACUUGAACACUGCACCUCCGUCUCGAAUAUAGUUUGAUCCAUGGGAGGAUUUUGACGCUGCAAGCAAUCGAUUGGGAAAGUAUUUAUAAUUCAGGAUGUCUGGGCAAGGUGAAUCUGAUAUGGAUUACUCGGAUGAUGAGGCUGGCUACGGAGACUACUACGCUGAAGCAGACACGUACGACCUGGAGCAGGUGGACAUCAGCAAGAGUGAUCCAGAAUAUUUCGAAUUUGAGUGUCUUAGUGUUGAAGAAGUUGAAAGACUACUCAAUGAAUCGGUCGAAAUGUUAUCAAAUAGCCUCAAGAUCACUCCUGCCUUAGCCAAAGUGCUGCUGCACACCCAUAAAUGGGCCAUCCAAGAAGUGACUGACAAAUACCGAAGCGACAGCCAGGCCCUGCUGGUGGAGUCGCAGAUCGAGCCAAGGCCCGAGAGCUCGACCUCGCACCGCAGACAGCAACGCAGCCUCCGCUCCAACAGCAACGUGCCUAUCAUCUGCGCCGUCUGCGUGGAAGCCACCAACGAGGGCUACUUCCGGCUUGCCUGCGGCCAUUCCUUCUGCUCCCCCUGUUGGGUCAUGCACUUCCAGGUCCAGAUCUCUCAAGGCGUUUCCACAGGCAUCACGUGCAUGGCCCCGGGAUGCGAAGUGUUGGCCACCGAAGACUUUGCGCUGAAAAUCAUCACACUGCCAGACCUGCGCAAGAAGUACCAGCAGUUCACGUUCCAAGAUUACGUCAAGUCCCACCCCCAAUUGCGGUUCUGUCCAGGGCCGAACUGCCAAGUGAUCGUCAGAGCAAAGCUACCGAAAGCGAAAAAAUGCUUCUGUCAAUCAUGCAAGACUGCCUUUUGUUUCAACUGUGGCAUUGAUUAUCACGCUCCCACUGACUGUGUCACAGUAAAAAAAUGGCUCACCAAGUGUGCAGACGACAGUGAAACAGCAAACUACAUUAGUGCUCACACAAAAGACUGCCCAAAGUGCCAUAUUUGCAUCGAGAAGAACGGAGGAUGCAAUCACAUGCAGUGCUACAGCUGCAAGCACGACUUCUGCUGGAUGUGCCUCGGCGACUGGAAGACGCACGGCUCCGAGUACUACGAAUGCUCUAGAUAUAAAGACAACCCCAACAUAGCCAAUGAGUCUGCGCACGCCCAAGCGAGAGAGGCGCUCAAAAAAUACCUGCAUUACUAUGAAAGGUGGGAGAAUCAUUCCAAGAGUUUGAAAUUAGAGGAGCAACAUUUCAAGAAGGUGUCCAAGAAGAUUACAGGGAAGGUUAUGAACUCUGGCUCGGGUACCUGGAUCGACUGGCAAUACCUGUUGGACGCCUCAAACCUGCUGGCCAAGUGCCGCUACACCCUGCAGUACACAUACCCCUAUGCCUAUUACAUGGAGCCGAGUUCGAGAAAAGAACUGUUUGAAUAUCAGCAAGCUUCACUUGAGGCGGAAAUCGAGAACCUGUCGUGGAAGAUCGAGCGUGCGGAGAGCACGGACCGCGGCGACCUGGAGAACCAAAUGGACGUGGCCGAGAAACGGAGGCUGACGCUACUCAAAGACUUUUUGAACGUAUGAUCAUCACAGCUGCCACCGUUUAGUAUUUUUCGGAGCGUAAUUUUUAGAAUCUACCUCAACUGAUUUUGUCUGUAUAUAGCACCAGCAGCAUCCCAUUCAAAGUAAUAUUCGGCCCGAAUAAUGAUGACGUUUUCGUGUGAAUAUGCAUUCAAUACAAUAUUGAUAAUUCAUCAAUUUGUGAAACAAAA